AUGUGCGGCCAAAACAGAAAAUAUUAUCUCGUUUUUGCUAUCAGUAUACUUGUCUUUCUUGCAGUUAUCAUUGUCGCUGGCGUGUACUUUCCGCGAUUCGAGAAAGAGAACUUUGAAGUUUGGAUUCAAGCAAGUGCACUGAGAUUUGAGAUUGGAGCAGGGGCGCUUUUGAAGAAUGAAGUUUUUGAGACGAUUUUGGCGCAAAUCUGCGCUUCUUUGCAAUAUUUACUCCUUCUUCCCCCGUUAUGCGGCUUGAUACCCCUUUGUCUGAUGUUUGCCGCAUCUCGAUCGGAAGCAAAUCUUGUCUUCGUGAGCUACAUGUGUUUAUCCAUCGUUCUCGCAUCUUUGUUUGGACUUAUGGUGGCUCUUGGAAGCGCGAUUCGCAUUUUUGGAACUGUCGGAAACGAUCGAUUGGACAAUUACUUUGACAGUGAAAUUAUCUUUUAUCUGGAAAAUUUUCUUCAAAAUAUUCCGGAGAACCGUGAUCAUUUUGACAUGGAGGAGUUAUUUGAAGAUAUUUCAGUGGAAUUGGACGUUGAUUUAUUGGAAGAAGAAUUUUUUGAUUGGGAAGGAAAAAGAACGAAUUUUCAUCGAGAGAGCUAUCUCUUCUUGCCAGGACCAGAUGAAGGCAAAUUACUGGAACUGGCAAUAAAUAUCGACUCGACUUUUGGAAAACUAAGAUUGGACAAAUACGAGUUCUUGGAAUACCUCAUCAGAAAUGACAACAACUGGGCGGAGCAAAUCAUCAAUAAUUCUUUCAUUUUCGACUGGACGAAUUUGGUCAUUUCAAUGAACAGUAUUUUGCUUGUUACGACAGUUAUCACUUGCAUUUUUGUUGUUCUCAAGAGGAGAAGUCUGCAAGGGAAAGUGAACGACGAAGAUGCAGUUAUGCUGGAUAAUUUCUGA